AUGCUCGCAACAUUUGCUCCCAUCAUCGCUCUCGGAAUUGCGUCCACCGUUUCCGCUCUCCCGCUUUUGUACAAUGCCACCCUCGCCGCGCGUGCUACCUCCACUCUCUUCCCUGUGUCCGAUAGCACUUCUUGGUCUGUCUCUAAGGACGCAUCUAAUGCUGUUCCCUUCGACGAUACAACGUUCCGUCCUGUCAGCGAAAUCAAGGACCUGACUCAUGAUGUCGUCAACGCACCUGAUGGUGUCCCUUCCAUCCAGGCCAAGUACCCCAAAGGCUCCUUCAAGCCCUCCGCUCAGCCCCGUGGUGGCAUCUCUUUCUAUGCACCGGGACCCGAUAACGUCGACUUGACCACCGCCGCGGAGGCUACACUUUCUUACACUGUCCUGUUCGAGGAUGGCUUCGACUUUGUCAAGGGCGGCAAGCUCCCGGGUCUCUACGGAGGAAACAGCGACUCAAAAGCCAUCGGUUGCUCCGGUGGCCGCCGCGACGAUGGCUGCUUCUCCGCGCGCUUCAUGUGGCGCCCUGAGGGAGCAGGCGAGCUUUACACCUACCUCCCGCCGGACUCUCCCGAGAACAAAGCGGUCUGCAACGUUCCUCCCAAAUCCGAGUGUAACGACGUAUUCGGCGCGUCCGUCGGGCGUGGCUCCUUCUCGUUCACCCCAGGGACGCGCACAACGAUUGGCCAGCGGGUCAAGCUCAACGAUGUCGGCCAAGCAAACGGCGAGCUCGAGCUGUUCGUGGACGGCAAGAGCAUGUUCACUGUCCCAGGCCUGGUGCUGAGGACGGCGGACUCUGGGCGAAUUCGUGGGAUCCAGAUGCAGUCCUUCUUCGGAGGUAACGACGCUUCUUGGGCGACACCCAAGGAGCAGAACGUGUUCUUUGGCGACUUCUCGGUGGCCAUCACCAAGGCGCUCUGA